CGCUGCAAAUUCCAAGCAGUGUCCGCCAUAUAUGUUUCGUUUAAACCAUUGAAAUAACUGAUCAUUUUCCCUUCCUCUCCAUCAUAGCUCCCUGCAAAGACCUAUGGUGGAGAGUGUGCUGAUCUAAUACUCCCAUGGGUACGAAUUCCGAGGAGUCUAUUCUGCUUCAUGGUGAUCUAGAGAAUCAUUGCAGCGAGAGCCUUAGGCAAGUCGGCGAGCACUUCAAUAUUCUUCUUGCACAUCCCGUAGUCGACCUCGAACUCAAAAUUAAAGAGGGUUCAAAAGUCCGUGGUGGGAAAGGCAUCAAGGGUACCGUUAAGAUUCCGGCUAGGAGAAUCAUCACCGGUGAGAUAAUCAGAGAAUGGUAUCCGGUGGAACAUGUCAAGGGAGAUCGAUGCAAGAAUUUGGAUCUUGAUAUUGAGAUGAAAUUCACGCCAUGCGAUCAAAAUCCACUUUAUGAUCAAGGCAUCGCCGGCGAUCCAGAACAGGCCGGCAUGAGGAACACGUAUUUCCCAUUGAGGGAAGGGAAUAAGGUGAAGCUGUACCAAGACGCUCAUGUGCCUGAAGAAAUGUCGCGUGAAAUUGAACUGCUUGUUAGAGAGCCGACCCGACCAUUGCCUCGAGGUGGGGAUUUGACGCUUGGUGAAUUGCUGAAGUCCAAAUCAGAAGAACGGGUUCAAGUUGUGGUGUUGAUAUGGGAUGAUAAAACUUCAUAUGAUAUAUUUGGGAUCGAAAUGAGAGGAGUGAUGCGGACGCAUGAUGAAGAAACGAGAAAAUUUUUCGAGGAUUCAUCUGUUAUUUGUAAGCUGGUUCAUCGUCAGGCAAGCAAGUCUCAUAAUUUUUUUACACGAGCUUCAUUGUGUUCGCCUUAUAACUUGUUUCAGAAUUUGAAAAUUCUUCAUAAGAACUAAGAAACGUUUGGAAGUUACUUCUGUGGUGGUUUUGCACAGCGCAAUGGGAUCAUAUUCUCAAAUCAUCAAAAAUAUGUUCUAGUCGACACACAGGCAGCUGACCAUAGUCGAAGGAUAACUGCAUUCCUAGGCGGUCUUGAUCUCUGUAAGGGUCGUUAUGAUACACUUGAGCAUCCGUUGUUUCGUGGCCUUGCCACCAUUUUUAAGGAUGAUUUUCAUAAUCCUACAUUUCCUGUGAGUAAUUCCUAUCUUUGAAUUUAUUUUAUGCACUCUGCUAUAGAAAAUGACCUUCCUACGUUCUAGUAUUUUUUUUGGUCGAUUCCUAAGUUCUAGUAUUAGUAAAGCAUCUUAUAGAAU